AUGAAAAUUUUGGACGAUAUCAAGCAACAAGUGGAAAAGGAGAUGUUAAAAUUUGAUCCACGAUUGGCUGAAAAGAAGUAUUUAAAAAUUACACAAUCAAUAAAGGAUUUGUUUUUAAAGGCUGUUGUGAAGGAGAAAUAAACCAUUAAAGCAGUAACAAUUUUAAUAAUUAAUAGGCUGCUCAUUCUAUUGGAAUUAAUUAUUCUUCUGCCAAAGCUAUUUGGGCUGAAUUUAGAAGUAAGAAUCAGAAGAAGAAGAAAAAAAUCAAAGAAGAUUCAGAUUAGAAAAAUGGAAACCAAUUAGUUAAGCGUUGUUCCUAUAAAAUAUUGAAUGGGUGUAAUAAAAUUAAAAAAUUCUUCAUGGAAAUUAAGUCAUCGGUCUCAUAGAACUUAAGCUCAACUCAUUUAAUCAAUUUGGAAUCACAUAUAUGA